AACUGCUGCUGCUCGUCCUGAAGUGAAGUGACAACUGACAACCUCUCUCUCUCUCUCUCUCUCUCUCUCUCUGUAGAGGAGGAACAAACAACAAAGCCGCCACCUUUGAGCCUCUCCCUCCCACGAAUCUGAUCCCUCUCUCGACUUCUCUCGCGUGCUCCUUGGGUUGGUCUUCGAGAAGGGGUGGUAGAUCAUGGAGGCGCUGGUGGUGGCGGUGGUGCUUCUCCUGUCUUCCAAUCUCGUCGCGUCACAAUGGUGCGUGUGCAGGCAGGAUGCGCCUCAGGCCUCGCUGCAGAAGACCAUCGACUUCGCCUGCGGCGCAGGGGCGGACUGCAACUCCAUCCAUGAGAACGGGGCGUGCUACAACCCCAACAACGUCCCCGCGCACUGCUCCUGGGCUGCCAACAGCUACUACCAGAACAACAAGGCCAAGGGCGCCACCUGCGAUUUCACCGGCACCGCCACCCUCACCACUAGCGACCCAAGUUCUUCUGGCUGCUCUUUCCCCACCAGUGCAAGUGCUGUUGGAACAUCAACCACCCCGACCACUGGAGGCACAACGGGAGGAACCCCAGGAACCUUCACGCCCGGUGCCGGCACCGGCACAACCACCGGCACUGGCAUAGGAACACCCACUACUAUUGGGACUACUGGAACUGGACUCGGCGGCCUGGGACCGACAGGCACAAGCAUCGGCAUGGACACUGCAGCGGCGGGCUUGGUUCCAAGGGCUGGGCUGGCUGCCUUCCUCGCCAUGCUCCUCUCUACCAUUGCGUUUGCAUGAAGUUUGGCCCUAGAAACAAGACCCUACUCUGAUGAUGUAUGAAAAGAGGAAGAAAAAUCAAUCACUCUGAAGGUGGUCGUCAUCCCAUCCAGAAAUGCACUAGUGCAUGUUUCUUGUCUGGUGUCAGUGGCUUCAUGGUUUUGUUUUCCUUUAUGAGCAGUUCAUGUUCUGUACUCUGUAAUUUGGUAGGACGGCUGUCUCUGUCAUGCAAGGACCAUUGCCUAUCUUCCAUUUCCUCUGUUAAUCAUGGAAAUGUAGGGAACCCACUAGGUUAGUUAAAGGUUGGUUGAAAUGAGAAUGUUGCUGGGACAAUACCGUCGAAUGCUUUUAUCGACUUGCAUGCCAUCGGGUUCUUUAUCCAUGUUGCCCUGUCGGUGGCUCAUA